AUGAGCUUUUCUGCGAUAGAACCAGAAGGGUUCUAUAUUGAAGGACUGCAAAGCCUGAGCUUGAGUACACCCCUUGUUGACUACUAUGAGGAAGACUCUGUUCGCUUUUGUAUCAACUGGGGAGGAAUGCUGGAGCCGGUGGAACUGCCGUCGGAUACGACCCUCCUUGAGGUGUCGAGCUCCAUCGACAGCGCGGCCGAAGCUCAGUUUCAUCACAAGUUCUUCAUCUACAAAGGACACCUGCUGCAUCCAGGGAUGACCCUGACGGAGGCAAAGCUUCAAGAUAGCUCGUUUCCUGUUCCACCAAUCUACAUCCGGAGCAAAGGAGAUAGUGAUGGAGAUGAGAAGAUCAGAAUGAUUCUUUGUGGAGCUGAAUUCUAUAUCGAGGAUCUCAAAGAAGAGCUGUCCUUCCUUCCGGGAGAAAGAUGUCCUGAAGAAAUUCGUUUGGUGUUUGCUGGCCGAGAGUUGCAGAAUCAUCACACUUUGAGGGAAUACAACAUACAAAAGGUUGACUUCAGAUUUCUUAUUCGGUUUUAUUCACAUCCAUUCCUCGAAGCCAAGCGUUUUACAUGCGUUGGACUUAAGCGAGACUGGACGACAUCUGAGCAGAUUCGUACAAAGCUUCACUCCACAACGAUGGAUGUGAAGGUUGGGGACAAGCUUGUUGUUUGCUUUGAAGCACCCGAGCAAAGUGAGAAUCACUUCUGGGGUCAAAUGCUUGGCGGGCCAGACGUGCAAGCGAUCACGGACGCAGACUUCGAAGUCUUUGCAUGUAACGGUAAUAACCGAGAAGAGUUGAGGGGCAGAGUCUUUGUGGACCUUAGACAAUUCACUGUCACUUGGACGCCUUUGAGAAAUUUCCCCCGCGGGUCAAGAAUUCUUGUCACGCUCAACAAGGGAAAGAAUGGCGCAGAGUUUGGAAACCUGAGACAUAGUCGAGCACGAGAGAACAUACACGGCGUGCUGAGUUGGGAUUUCUUCACAGAGGGUUACGAGCCUUUGCGUAUCUCUGCCAUAUACCCGCGGCCGCACUCAAGAGUAGCCUGUGGGACUUGUGUGAUUGCGAUCAGCUUCAAUUUCCCUCUGAGCCCCUCGUGCUCUGCGAAGAAUUGGGUGACAGUCAGGGGCCACGAGUUGGAGGACCCCGAGUAUGAUUCCAAGACUAACACUCUUAUUUACAACUUCAAAGAAAAGCCUCUCCCCUCCGAGAUCUGCAGAGUGCGGUUGCACGCGGAGCUGGUCUACGGAGCGCACAACCAGACUCUCUUCCCUCGUCAGCAAGACGGUCUGCUCAAGACGUCGGUCUUCCGCUGGAAGUUCUACACGUGUGAGGUCUCCAUCUACGAGGAGUUCAACGCCAUGUCAAGUGGCUUGUCGGAUCUCAUUCGAGCCUGGCGAGAGAAACAAAUCAGGAAAGAGAUGGAGAGAGAGAGAGCGAGGAAUCUCCAAGCAGUGGAGGGGUCCAAGGUUGAGAACGAAAGUUUUCAUCUUUUCCGUCCUGAUGCAGCAGAGCGAAUGGAUAGCAGGCCUCGCGAGCAAAACAACAACGACGGUCUUGGCUGGCUCAACCCUGGAAACUUCCUGGGCAAUGAGAUCCAACAGUUUGGAGAGGGUAUUGGAAGGAAUUGGCUUCGUACAGGUUGA